UUCUGACUUGUACUUUGAACAGUGUAACGUUUCCUCAUUAGAGCUCUGAGCAGCAGAGAGGGCUGUCCGCGGUCCUGUCAGGAGGAAAGGAACAUGGCUGAGGUUCGUGGUGAUGGUGAAAAGCAGAGCGGCGGCGACACUGUGGAUGCCUUAAAAGUGUUUUGGAAGAGGUCAGAUGAAGCGAUCACAGACAGCAAUAAGACGUCUGAGGAAGUGGACUCUACCCCCAGCAGUAAAGGCAGGACAGCUGCAGGCUCAGACCCCCACCGCUACAGGAUGGACUAUCCCAACAUUGGAACCUGUGUGAUCAUCAACAAUAAGAACUUCCACAGUAGAACAAAGAUGAGUUAUCGUAAUGGAACAGAUGUUGAUGCUGCCUUUGCUAUGAAGACCUUCUCUGAGCUGGGUUAUAAACUCAUAAUGGCCAAUGACCAGACUGUGAGUCAGAUGAAAACGCUGCUGUCAAACGUAUCUAGGGAGGACCACAGUAGUAGUGCAUCGUUUGUGUGUGUGUUGCUGAGUCAUGGAGACGAGGGGGUGAUUUAUGGCACGGACGGCUGUGAGAGGUUAGAGAAUCUGACGAGAAACUUUAAAGGGGAUCGCUGCAAAAGUCUGGUUGGCAAACCGAAGCUCUUCUUCAUACAGGCGUGUCGUGGUUCAGCCCUGGAUGAUGGAGCCAUGAUCGAGACAGACAGUGUAGAUGAGCAAACAUCAGAGAGGAUUCCUGUGGAGGCAGAUUUCCUGUAUGCCUAUUCCACUGCUCCAGGUUACUACUCAUGGAGAAACACAUCCAACGGCUCCUGGUUCAUGCAGUCGUUGUGUGAGAUGUUGAUGCAACACAAGGGAAAGCUGGAGCUGAUGCAGAUCAUGACACGAGUCAACCGCAAGGUGGCGCUACACUUUGAGUCUUCCUCCAACCUACCUGGAUUCAGCAGCAAGAAGCAGAUCCCCUGUAUUGUCUCGAUGUUGACCAAAGACUUCUACUUUCCUCAAUAGAAUGAGAAUGACUUCUUGUUUAUCAUGUAGGAAAUAAUAGUCAAAUAUGGCUGGAAUUAUAAAUUUCACUUUCAUCUAUUUCCCUCUCAAAGAUAUUUGCACAAAAGAUUUGUGGUGCACUGUGUGGGCUUGUGCAAACAAGAUAAAACUAGUUUAAGUGUUUUUAAUGUCACUACAAGCAGAACUCAAAUGCACCAACAGCAUGAGGAUAAAAGGGAACAUAUCAGUUAUUGUUUAAUCUGGAUCAUAAUGUUUUAGGAGUUUUUGCCCUCUUGUAUUCAUUUGUGUUGGCUCCUUCAGAAAACCCGAGCCAGUUUUUGUACUAAAGCAUGUUGGAAUAAUUUCUACAGAUGCAUCUUAAAAAAGCAAUUUCACUGACACCAAACACAUUAUCACAAGCAUUUACUUUCAGUACAUUCAUACAGUAUGUGCAGUGUGUUUUUUAUAUUGGUAAAAAUUAAGUGUUUCAAAUCCAACUUUUCGUUUGAACUCAACAAACUCACAUACAAUACUCUAUACACAAUACUGUUCAAUGUGACUCAAUGUGACUGUGUCCUUUGUGCUGGGUUUCAUUGCAGGCAGACAUAUCAAAAUAAAUAUUUUAGAUUUUGAUCAUUGUUUCUUCAAAACUUUAGUAAUGUUCAGGUAGAGGAGUGAUGAUUGUAACUGUUCUAAAUCUGAGCUGAUCAACAAGUAAAAGUUAUAUUACCGUGUAACUCUCAC